GUUAAAUACACUUUACCCCCUGUAAUGUUAGCGAGUUUAGGGUUACCCCCCUGGUAAAGUUAUUUUUUCAAUACCCCCUUAUGUUAUGUAGAUUCCUUCAUAGAACCCCCUAAUAUCCAGGUGGCAUGGAAUCUUGGUUUUUUAUUUCAGACGUGGCUUUUUAAUUUUUUUAUUUUCACAUGUGAAUCUUCAUUAGGUCUCCAGCAUGGCAUAAACUAGAAAUUAGGGUUCCAAAUCCAUCCCUCUCUCUCUUCGUGAAAUCCAUCCCUAUCCCAAAUCCAUCCCUCUCUCUCUCUUCGUGAAAUCCAUCCCUACCCCAAAUCCAUCCCUCUCUUCAUCUUCGUCCGUGUCCCCUUCAUCUGGGUUAUGGGUGGCAGCAAGGCAUCUUUCACGAGUGAAGUUGGAAACAGCUUACCAAGAUGUGGAUGCAAUGAAACCAUGAAGUUGUUUGUCUCCAAGUCAAUUGAAAACCCCGGUCGCAAAUUUUGGAAAUGCAGGAAUUAUAUGAAUGGGUGCGGUUUAUUUUUGUGGGAUGAUUUGGUCAGUGAGUUUGCAGUGAAAGAAACCAAUCCGUCCGGAUGCCGCCAAUGUGAAGUCAACAAGGCUUAUUUGAUUGAAUUUGCUAAAGAGAUUGUUGAGGAGAUAGAUUGCAGAGUCGGAAAGCUUAACAAGUUAGAAAAACUGAAGAAAAAGAUUGCAAUGGAAAAGAGGAAAAAUUUAUGGUUAAUGUUUGUAAUUGGUCUGUCAUGGAUGUUGAUAGCAGCUAUGGUUAAGUUAGUCUAAUGAGUCUGUCAUGUAAUUGUUAUGUCAUUAGUGUUUUUCAGCAAUGUAAUGUUGAACUUGUAAUGUGUUCAUCAAUGAAAUGUAAUUUGUUCAUCAAUCUUAAACUGUCAGUGCAGCAUCA